UUCUUGCUCUCCUGUAAAUCCCCCCGUGGUGCUGAUCCCUCCGCGCUCAUUUCAAACCGGAACGCGACGCCCGGUUUUGCCGCGGUUGGCGCGAGUGACGCGGUUCUUUCUCUUUCCAGAUUCUUCCUCAAAUUUUUCCUCAAGUGCAAUCAGAAUUGCUUGAAAACAGCAGGAAACCCCAGAGAUAUGAGGCGGUUCCAGGUGGUGCUCUCGACGACAGUGAAUGUGGAUGGGCACGUGCUGGCGGUGUCCGACAACAUGUUCGUGCACAACAACUCCAAGCACGGCCGGAGAGCCAGGAGGCUCGACCCCUCGGAAGCCACGCCCUGCAUCAAAGCCAUCAGCCCCAGCGAGGGCUGGACCACGGGGGGAGCCAUGGUGAUCAUCAUUGGGGACAACUUCUUCGACGGGCUGCAGGUGGUGUUCGGGACCAUGCUGGUGUGGAGUGAGCUGAUCACGCCCCACGCCAUCCGCGUGCAGACGCCACCGCGCCACAUCCCGGGCGUGGUGGAGGUGACAUUGUCCUACAAAUCCAAGCAGUUCUGCAAAGGAGCUCCGGGCAGGUUCAUCUACACAGCUUUGAAUGAACCGACCAUCGAUUACGGCUUCCAAAGGCUGCAGAAGGUCAUCCCGAGGCAUCCUGGUGACCCCGAAAGAUUAGCCAAGGAAAUGCUGCUGAAAAGAGCCGCUGACCUCGUGGAGGCCCUGUACGGRACCCCCCACAACAACCAGGACCUGAUCCUGAAGCGCGCGGCCGACAUCGCCGAGGCGCUCUACAGCGUUCCCAGGAACCCCGGGCAGAUCCCGGCGCUGUCCAGCUCCCCCGCCCACAGCUCCAUGAUGGGCAUCAACUCCUACGGYGGCCAGCUGGGCGUCAGCAUCUCCGAGUCGGCCCAGGCCAACAACCAGGGUUACAUCCGUAACACCAGCAGCAUCUCCCCCCGAGGGUACUCAUCCAGUUCCACCCCCCAACAAUCCAACUACAGCACCUCCAGCAACAGCAUGAACGGCUACAGCAACGUGCCCAUGUCCAACCUGG